AUGGCGCCUGCCCUGGAUCUGGGCGGUUCUUCCGCCUCCAUUUCGCAAGCGAGGCUCAAGUCGACAACGACAACGACGACGGGGCCAGCAGGAAAGAUUGAAGCAGCGCAAGAUCCCUUGACCGGCGAGUCAUUGGGCUCAAGCCGACCACUAGAUGCAUCAGCUCUGAUCCUCGAAAGGACCAAGAGCGCCAAAAAGCCGCCUCCUUCGCACGAGCUUGUGUUCGGCCACUGCUUCUCCGAUCACAUGCUAAGCGUGGACUGGUCUAGCUCAAGAGGCUGGUCGAGCCCCAAAAUCCAACCGUACGGCCCCUUCACACUGGAUCCCUCCAGCGUCAUCUUCCACUAUGCGCCCAGCUUGUUUGAGGGCAUGAAGGCCUACAAAGAUGUGAAUGGCGAAGUGAGGUUGUUCAGGCCCGAUAUGAACAUGAAGCGCAUGAACACGAGCGCCGAAAGGUUGGCUUUGCCUGUGAGUUUAUAGAGCUGCGCUGCGCAGCUUGCUUAGGAUGAAGGAGUGUCGACGCGAGCAUAUGCGCUCACAUCUCCUCCGACUUGGGCAGACGUUCUCGCAUGGUGAUCUGAUUAAGCUCAUCGCGACACUGGUGGAUCUCGAUAGCUCUUGGAUUCCUUCAGAGCCUGGCCACAGCUUGUACAUUCGACCAGCCUUGAUUGGUACGCAAGCAGCUCUCGGUGUUCACCCUACGACAGAUGCUCGGCUGUUCGUGAUCAGCAGCCCUGUCGGUCCCUACUACAAGACUGGCUUCAAGCCUGUCGCUCUAGAAGCGGAUCCGAGCAAGGUUAGGGCUUGGCCAGGCGGCACGGGCAACUACAAGCUUGGAGGCAACUACGCGCCGGGCAUUAGACCGCAAAUGGAGGCUGCGACGCGCGGCUACCAGCAAAACCUUUGGCUGUUCGGUGAUGAGCACUGGCUGACGGAGGUCGGCACCAUGAACCUCUUCGUUGCGCUCAGACAGAGCGAUGGCAGUGAGUGGCACAGAUGCGGGUCCACGCGUCUUUGGGCAAGUGAUGCCUCUGCAUCUUCACGCUGACCUUGCCCUGCAUUCAUUUCUCAGGCGUGGAGCUUGUAACACCGCCCUUGAACGGAAUGAUCUUGCCGGGCGUAACGCGAGACUCGAUCCUUGGUUUGGCAAGGGAGCACAGCUCUGGCUCAACACAGCCUCUGGAGGGUGUAGCAAAGGAACUGAAAGUGUCAGAGCGAGAGAUCAACAUGGCCGAGAUUCAAAAGGCUGCCUCUGAAGGAGCCUUGCUGGAAAUCUUUGGUGCUGGUACAGCAGCUGUCGUCUCGCCCGUAGACAGAAUCGGAUACAUGGGCAAAGAUGUGCACAUCCCGGUGGGACCCAGCGGAGCGGGACCUAUCGCCAAGGCUAUGCUGGAACGCAUCAACGACAUUCAGCUCGGUAGGAUCGAGCAUCCCUGGAGCGUGCGCGUCAAGGACAUCGUCGACAACAAGGUCUGA